AUGACUGUUGGAGACGCUAUCACCUCAUUUUCGCGAAAGCCUGAUGAAACCACUGACGGCAUAGUGCAGCCAGACAAAGCCACAGACUUCCAAACCUCGACCACGAAUCAUGAGAAACAGUCGUGGCUCAGCGCGGCGAGUGGUGCUCGAGUAACCUGGACAGUACUAUGCGUCGCCCUAUCAGCCGUUGUCGCUGGUUCAUUCUUGGGACUCGCUAUCGAUGCUAUCCAAAUGGCAUCAGAAAGGUCACCUUUUUCUUUUGGCUUCGGGAAGGUUAAUGGCAUUGCCUUAGCGUCUGGAGUCUCCAACCACAUUGGUGGAGGUACAGAAGCUGCAGGCACGAUAACGAGUCUACUGAACAUCAACGAUCCGAAGACUCGCGUCCUAGGCACUGUGGUUCUGGCGAAUCUGCCACAACUCAUCUUCUCACUCAAUUACUUCCUCAUGAACGCUCUGGUCACCAUCGUCUACCUUGCCAAAGAGUGGAACAGCUAUUCGGUUCGCCGCAAACCAUUGCGAGUAUCAUCACCUCAGGGUGUCCAAAGGAGCACAUAUUUUCUGUCACUCCCAUAUCGCGUCGCCGUCCCACUCAUGAUCAUCUCAGGAGUAAUGCAUUGGCUGAUCUCGCAAAGUGUCUUCCUUGCGGUUGUCGCACGUUACGAUCCUUACGGCAAUUUGGGCGAUCCAGCGCAAGUGUCCACGCUCGGCUUCUCUCCUUUACCAAUGGUGAUAACCCUUGGUACCGGCAUCCUGCUCCUGCUCAGUAUUCUGACUCUCGGUCUUUGGAGGUUUAAAAGUGUAAUGCCUGUAGCGAGCAGCUGUAGCGCGGCUAUUGCUGCUGCAUGUCAUGGACCCACGGGGGAGACGGGUGCCUUUUUGAAGCCUGUGGUCUGGGGCCCUUUGCCGUCUUCUAACAGCGAUUCGAUGGCCGGUAACCAUUAUGGUUUCACUAGUGGAGCAAUGAAAAGCUUACAAGGAGAAGGAAGACACAAAAAGUAG